CAUGGUAACAUCCCCUACGAUUAAGUUUUAUUUAUUCUGCCUUUCUCUCUCCCUUCUCACCGAGAGAACCCACAUUGCAGAACUGGAGGUUCAUUAUUAUCAUGUUUACUAUCACGUCUCUACCGGUCGAAGUUCUCACUCGGAUCGUCAGCUAUAGUCCCACUAAACAUGACUUAGCUAGUCUUCGAUUGACCAGCCGACUCUUCAACGACAUAGCGGUCAAACAACUCUUCUCUACUACUACCCUGUAUGCACAUUAUGAAGACUCAGACUCGAACGAUUCGGACUUGGAUUCUUCAGAAUGUGAUGUGUAUGACGCGCAGACAUUCAAGAAUGCCAUAGAUGACAACGAACUGCGCAAGCACAUCCGGAAAGUAGAUGUAUAUACAUGCGAGACACACUGUGACCAUCAUCCUAAUGAUGCGGGUCACGUGGACUUCCCCCCACUGCCUUGGCCCAGAUACCACGAAAGAUGGUGGGACUGCGUCCGUUUUCUUAAAAACUUACCGUUCUUGACAACAUUUAAUUUGCACUUCGAUCGCCACUCUGGCGAGUCGGACUUCUUCGAGCGGGAUAUUCUACAUGAACCUAAAGACCGCUUGGAGAUUACUGACCAAGUACUUUCAUGUCUGCUAGGUAGUGAGCCCUCACGAAUCACUCAUCUUGGUAUUAGACAUUAUCAAGACAACGGAAAAGCGGAUAAUGAUCAUGUGGAGCGACAAGAAUUAUUGAAGACGCUUUCUUCGCUCAGAAUGACUAUAUCAAACGGCGAAACUAGGGAUUCGCUGGGAAAACAUCUCCGGGCAGGGGACCCCCAUACCUUUUGGGGAAAAUUUCCGCAAACCUUUCUCAAGCCAGCUAUGGGAAACCUUCAACGAUUGGUGCUCUAUUCAGAUAUUCUUUUCGGCUUCUUCCCCAGGCUCGACCUCCGAGAUGUACACUUUCCCAACCUGAAAUCGUUGUGCUUUGGGUAUUAUGUAUUCGCGCAGGACUCGCAAUUUGACUGGAUUACGUCUCAUGCUGCCACUCUCCAGGAGCUCUACAUGGACGAUUGUUCUAUAUUGUAUUCAAUUGCCCAUACGAUCCCUGGAUGGCUGGGCGAAGACGGAUUCCCACUUGAGCAUCCUCCAAACACGAGCGAAUGUUACGGAAGAUCAUUCACUCCAUGGGAAGAAGAAGAUCUAAACGACGAAGUGGAUGAGAAACUCAAGCUGGUAAAUUAUCCCACCCGGUGGUUUGACAUAUUCUCUCGUUUCCAGAAGGAAUUGCCUCGCCUCCGCAGAUUUGCAUUCGGAAAAUCGAAACAAUGGUUCCACGACACAACAAGUAGAUAUGGUUAUGUAGGCGGACCUCCGCAUGUGCCCUGGGAAGCAGAAAACGAUCUUGAGAAUGAGAUUCUUCGAGACAGAUACGCGGUUUACUGCGACUGGGAAUGCAGUUAUUCGGAAGCCUGGGACAUGAACGAUGAUGAUGAAUGGAAAAAGAAAUGUCCGGCUGAAUGGAGAUCUUGGUUUGAGAAUUUUCCUGCUUGCGACGAGGAAGACCAGAUUGCUUUGAGGUCUUUGUGCAAUCACAUAGAGAGACGUUAGUGUCGCGGCGGCGAACUUAUCCUGGUCUUGCUAUCGGGUGAUUGCGAGGGAACGAGAGAUCUUAGAGGCAACACGUUGGCACAUGCUUUGUACCAGAUGGUGGAGAAGGGACUUGAUGUCACUGUCAUCGUUGUUCAUUGUGACAUAUCAGUAUUUCGAGCUGUGACUUGCUUGC